GCACUCGCAUCAGCCACGAAUCCUUGAACACCACUCGACAAGUUCUCGAGGAAGAUCGCCUGAGUUCUCUUCGUCCGUGUAAUUCGAGAAAGAUAUUGAAACGGCAGGCAACAGUACAAUGGACAAGGUUCUACGGCUGUCAGAAAUACGACAUCACGAUGUUGCGGGGGAUUGCUGGAUAGCCAUACAUGGCAAAGUCUACGAUAUCACAAACCUCUUAGAAAGCCAUCCUGGGGGAAAGGCAGUUCUUCUCCGGUAUGCUGGAGCUGACGCCUCUGUUCCAUUCGAUGAAGUUCACCCGAGAGAACUCCUUGAUGAGUAUCAAGGCCUGAUUAGCGUUAUUGGUACAUUCGAUACAGAAGGGUCAUCAAGCGCAGGUUUUACCACCAUGACACCAAACAGAAGCUCAACUGCGUCCUCGCCGUCAGCCACAGUAUCAAUUCCAACGAGCAAUAUGCUCAGCAUCUCGGAAAUGGAAAGGCUGGCGCUGCAGCAUCUGACCCCGAAAGCCAUCUCCUACUAUGCAUCUGGCUCCGAUGACGAGUUCACGAAGACUGCCAACAAUUCAAUAUAUCGCUCCAUCAUGCUGCGGCCACGGGUCUUCGUCGACUGUACAGCUUGCUCGCUUUCGACAAAUAUACUUGGAAACAGUGUAGGUUUACCAAUCUUCAUUUCGCCAGCAGCCAUGGCCAAAUUGGCACAUCCUUCGGGGGAAGCAGGAAUCGCAUCUGCGUGUUCCAACUUCAAUGCGCUCCAAAUCAUCAGCAAAAACGCCUCCAUGUCACCCCUAGACAUCGUCCGCGCCGGCAAAGAUGCGGUGUUUGGGUGGCAGCUCUACGUCUUGAAGGACAUUAAAGCAACCGAGCGAACCCUUGCUCAAAUCCGGGCCAUUCCCGAAAUCAAGUUCAUUGUUCUGACUUUGGACGCCCCUUUCCCUGGAAAACGUGAAGCAGACGAGCGCUUCAAGAUGGCCGAAGUCGCUCAUGGUGGUGCACCGCAGGUAUGGGGAACAGAAUCCGGGCUGACCUGGGGUAAAACCCUGGCUUGGCUGUCAACGCAAACCAAGCUGCCGAUUGUGCUCAAAGGCAUUCAGUCUUACGAAGACGCUUUUGCGGCAUCAUUAUUUCCAGCUGUCAAAGGCAUCAUCAUCUCGAACCAUGGUGGGAGGGCUUUGGAUACCGCACCAACUCCCAUCCAGGUCUUGUUGGAAAUCAGAAAGUUCUGCCCUCAAGUAUUGAGCAAAAUUGAUGUUCUUGUAGACGGAGGUAUCAAGAGGGGGACAGACGUGGUCAAGGCACUUGCAUUGGGGGCAAAGGGAGUCGGCCUUGGUCGGGCAGCCUUGUAUGGCCUCGCUUUAGGAGGACAGGAAGGUGUCGAAAGAACGCUGAAGAUUCUAGCAGACGAAACACUCACGGCUCUAAGACUAUUGGGUGUGAGCAAGAUCCAGGACCUUGGCCCACAUCACGUCAACACAGCUGCUCUUAAUCAGUACCUGUUCGAAGGGCCGAGUGGCUUAGAUCAAAUGGAGAUUGAUUUGAGGCCCAAACUGUGAUAGCUUGUCGUGGGAAGUAUUUUUAGGAACAAGAGGGCGCCUCAGUGCGGGCAAUAUUGUCGGACAGGGUCAAGUGCGGAAGAAAGGUGAUGUAUUGUACCUAGCUAUUCUACAGGGCAUGUAU